GGUUCAUUCACAACUCUCAUGCUUGUCGUCGGACUUACGGGAGGUAUCGCGACCGGCAAAUCAUCAGUAUCAAACCUCCUCAAAGCGAAAGGCAUUCCUCUCAUCGACGCCGAUGUUUUGGCGCGUCAAGUCGUUGCGCCAGGCACGACUGGGCUGCGGAAGAUAGUGGCCUUCUUCGGAAAAGAAAUUCUCCUCCCGGAUGGCUCGUUAGACCGCAAGAAACUCGGCUCUAUCAUCUUCAAUGACGAGGCCAAGCGACGCAAGCUGAAUUCCAUCGUUCACCCGGCUGUAAGACGCGCCAUGCUUUGGGCAGUCGUGAAUAAUUGGCUGUCAGGAAGGAGGUUCUGUGUGCUUGAUGUGCCGCUGCUCAUCGAGAGUGGGUUGUGGAGGUUCUAUGGCAAAAUCGUGGUUGUAUUCUGCUCUCCGGAAGUGCAACUAGAGAGACUGAUGAAACGGGACAACUCUUCUGCAGAAGACGCAUCCGCCCGACUCAACUCGCAACUUCCCAUAACGGACAAGAUAUUGUAUGCAGAUCAUGUUGUCGACAACUCUGGGUCACCUGAAGAUCUUGAAGGACAUGUUAAUGAGCUGGUACGAGUGCUAAAACGUGACUCAGGCUGGUCGUGGCGUCUGAGCUGGCUAUUUCCGCCAUAUGGAGUUCUGUCUGCCCUGUUGACGCUCGUGUGGAGAGCGGCUUUCCACAAGAGCUUGGAGAAGCGAAAGAACUCGUAG